UGUCAACCAACCGUCCUCAUUGCCUUCUCCUGUUUCGCCACGUGUCGUUUCCCUCUCAAACCCUCACUUCUUUUUCUUCCCUAGAAAAUCCAGAGCACAAUCCAUCAUCGUCGUCUCCUUCAGAGAAUUAUUAUACUGGUGUAUGUGGCUCUUAGCGUUUCAGCUUUCGAGAGUUUCGUUUCGUUUCGUUCAACAAUGGUGGAAGUUUCAGAGAUUGGAUUCAAAGUGGAAGAGGUAGAGCUGGAUUUGGGUUUAUCAAUUGGAGGUAGUUUCGGUAGAUCGGAGAAGCCGGCAAAGCCCGUUUUAAAACUAAACGGGUUCGAAUCGAAUGGUAAUGAGCACCACCACGAACAAGAACAACAACAACAUCAAACUUGGCAUCGGAAACCUGAGGACGCGGCGGUUAUGGAUUCACAAACGAAGCGUGAGGCCCACGCGCUGCGGAGGCUGGAAGCGAGGCAGAAGCGCGAGGAGAAGCAGCAGAAUAAGAGACUCGUCAGAGAAACCGACUCCGAACUCGACCACCAGCAACGAGUAUGCAAGAGAGAGAAAAAGGAUCAUCAUCUUAACGGUGGAUCCGAGUGCCAGAACGUGAAUCUGAAUUUGACCGGCGGCGAGCAGCAGUUUUGUGUGAGUGGCAUCACGGUUGGCUCGACGGCGUCGUUUCAACAACCGUACACGUACGUGCAGUUGAACAAUGGGUACGCGUACACUUGCGUGGUGCCAUGGAUGGUUAAAGAGAAGAAUGCGGGUCAGCCGGCGGUGGCUUGUAAGGGUUUCCGACCGUUUUUGGGAAACGGGUACGGGCCAGACCCGAACGGAGAAAGAGAUUGUGGUGAUAAGAAAGCCAAAUCCGACGGGUCUUCCAUGUGCAGUUCCUCUGUGGUUUCCGAUCACCUGAGUUCUUCCCAUGAAGGUGGGGGUAGCAGCGAUGGCCAUAGCCAAUCGGUUCAGUCUUUAGAUGAACCAACUCAGUUGAAUAGCUCCAAGCAAAGCAACAUGAGAAGCCAACCUGAACAAACUAAUGCUUCAUCUCACCCUACUAGAUCUGAUCACGACAUUAUUGUGCAACAAAACACAAACCAACCCAACCAAAUCAAACCCCUCAACAAGAACUCACAAAAAAUCCGCCCUUAUCCCAUGAAAAAGACAUGGGAAGAAUUAAACCCCCGAGACCUCGGCCUCAAUCCACCUCACCGCCAUUACCAUUGCCAUCAAGCCUGCAUCCCAGGAUGCCAUACGUUUCAACGACAGGAAACGGGCCAAAUGGCAAGCGAGUGAACGGGUUCUUAUACAAAUACAAUAACUCAGAGGUUAGCAUUGUCUGUGUCUGCCAUGGAAGCAUCUUCUCUCCUGCAGCGUUUGUGCAACAUGCUGGUGGCACAGACAUUUCUCAUCCAGAAAAGCAUAUUACAGUGAUUCCUUCGGCCUUUGGAUGAAGCAUGUUAUAUCGUAUUGGACACUAAAUAUCGUACAAGACAUGACAAAAUGCACAUAUAUGAUGUUAUGUCUCUGGUACCAGGGAGGGAUAAUAGAAAUUAGAAAGACAGACAUGGAUUUCAAUUAAUGCAGCUCAAGUUUUUGACCUUCGAAUAGGUCUUGGAGUAAUGCUGAGCUUUUCAGUUAUGUGUGUCGAGAUGGAGAAAGAUGUUGGGGGUUUCUUUAGAUUAGUUUGGGAUUUUGCUUUUGGUGUCAUUUUUUUUUUUUUGGCCCUUUUUUAACUGAGUAAAUUAGUUUGAUUCCAGGUGCUAGCAAUUCCCAGAAAAGGAACUGGGGAAGGCUGAUGGCUGAUUUCUUUCACUAGUCCAUCUCUACUAAUUGCAUUAACAAUUAUUUUGAUUAACCUGAAUUUUUUUCUGUUUAUAAGCUUAGUUUUAUUGUGACUUAUUACCAAUUUUUAAAGAUUAAAAGAUAAGUGAUUUUU